AUGAGCGGCAAAAAACCAGCAACAUCAUCAUCCAAAGUAACGGGGGAGAGUGCAUCUGGCCUCAAUGAAACAUCGACGUCGCGGGCCACGGAGCCGCAUACUGCCCCUGCCACACCGCAGCGGCCGUCCAUCCAAGACCGGGCGACAACGUGGGGAGCAACCAGCUCGACCAGGCCAAGCAACUCAACACCCUUGCUGUCAGCAUCCCAGAAGAGACCAAAUGCGGCGUCUAAUGCAAAAGUCGCCAUUCCUCGACAACCGCCUAAUAGCUACGCACCGCGCUACAACCGCCGGGUUCCGCGAGCAUGUGAGUCGUGUAGGCAACGAAAGACGAAAUGCAGCGGCGAUACGCCCAUCUGUCGCCAGUGUCGUGAAUUGAGAGUCAAUUGUCAUUAUCCCGUGGGAUGGAGGGAAAAAAUGAAAAAGUGGGCGCCUUCGAAACCAAUUCCGUCGAUUCUGAGGACAUUGAUACCGAUCAAGGAUGUGGACAAGCUGAAUGCUGAGAUUCAAGACUAUGAAAACUUCGUCAAUGCCCUUCGCAGUACGGCUGAGCCUCGCACGGCAGAUUGGAUCAAAAACUUGCUGGACAAGUUUGGACUCAAAGGCGAUCAACCAUUUGAGAGUACUCCAUCCCGCCUCAGCACUCCACAGAACGAAAUGGAUGCCGAUGAACGGUCCCCUCUCUCGUCGAUAGGCUCCUUGGAGGCUAUUGAUCGAGUCGAGGAGGAUCUGAAUCGAACUGAACAUACGCGCGCGACAGGAUUCAUGGGCAAAAGCUCCGAAAUCUCGUGGAUGCAACGAGUUCAGCGUGAAACCGAGCAGCGAGCUCGAGGGUACGCUGGCAUUGUCGAAUCUAACCCGGAGAAGAGCGGAGACACUCGAGACGGAUUCGCCUUGCAUGCACUUAACUAUCACCUAGACGAUUUGGAUAUCUCUGUCCCCGAACCGGUCGAGCGAUACGACGUGCCCCCACGACAUCUAGCUGAUCGACUCUUCGACGAUUAUCUCGAUACAGUACACCCCUUUUUCCCCAUCAUCAGCAAGCCGCUCUUUCGUGCUCAAUAUCAGACCUUCUUUGACAGUUUCAGACGACCGAAUGCCCCACGGCCCGGCGAUAAGUGGCUGGCCAUCUUGAACACCAUCUUUGCCAUUGCGGCCAAACAUGCCCAUCUGGUCGAUGCGCCAUGGCGCGGUGCAGUUGAUGAUCAUCUGGUGUAUAUGACUCGUGCGAGACUGUUGAGCCUCAACUCCGAGGUGUUGUUCAGCCACCCGGACCUUCAGCAAGUGCAGGUGGAGAGUUUGGUGGCAUUCUACCUGCUGGCAUCAGAUCAGAUCAAUCGGGCGUGGCGAAUAUCUGCUCUUGCGGUGAGAUCUGCUAUCACACUCGGCAUCAACCUGAAAAACAUUAGUUCUGUUACACCCAACAUCUCCAAAGAGGCUCGAUAUCGUGUCUGGUGGUGUCUCUACUCUUUCGAGCACAUGCUUGGAAUUAUGACUGGACGAGCAAUAUACACCCUCGAUGGCGGCUACGCCACACCUCUUCCACUUCCGUUUGAGGAAGAGCAAUUACAAGAAGAUCCGACGGCCAUUGAACUGCUCAACAGUCCCACGCUGCGCGACGAGUUGGUCAACAAUGUCAUGGCCAGUGCUGUGAUUCGACCAGCCAGCGGUCGGGAGGAUAUGCAGAAGAAUCGGUCUCGAGAUCAGUCGUGGCUGAAAAAGAUGCCCUCCAACUUUGGGCUGUGCUAUCUGUAUCACUGUGACUUGACCAUCAUCACCCAGGAAAUCGUCAACAAGGUCUAUUCCACCAACUGUGUGAAUCUGUCAUGGUCCGAAAUCGAAGCUCGUCUGGAUGAACUGCGGGCUCGCAUCGAUGCCUGGCAGACCAGCCUUCCCCUGGUGCUCGACUUUACCAAUGAAGAAGGCGACGACACGCCCGAUCAACUACGUUGUAAGCUGAUGCUCGCCUUCCACUACUACAGCGCCCGCAUCACUCUUGGUCGUCCGUGUCUCUGUCGACGCGAUGCGCGCCAGCAAAACUCCCAACAAACUUUCAGCCACAUGAUGGCCCUCAUCACCAUCGACUCCGCCUGCCGAUUACUGGGUCUGCUUCCCGACCAGCCCGACGUCCUUCAACUGUUCCGAAUCUGCCCCUGGUGGGCCGUCCUCCGGUACCUCAUGCAGGCGACCACCGUUAUUCUUCUUGAACUCUCUUUUGGUAGCGUUCAUGUCCCGGAAGACGAGGAUCGGUUCGUCAACCUGGCCAAGAAGUCCAUCCGCUGGUUCCACGCCAUGUCCGACCGUAGUAUUGGCUCCCGACGCGCCUGGAAACUAUGUGAUUCGACAUUUCGCAAAUUAGCCAGCGGCAUGAAAUAUGCCACCGACGAUUUACCCGUUCAACCUCGAUCUCCGCCGCGAUUCUCCGCGGAGCAGUUUCCUCCCCACAUGCCUCCGUCCUCCUUCCAUCCUCACAAUCCCCAUCCCCACCAUCAGCAACAUCACGAGGGUCCUGCUCUCAAUACCAACGAUUAUUUCACUCUUCGACAGGAAGAUAUGAAUGCCUUCCUUCCUCGCCCGGCUACCGCACAACCAGCCGAGGGAGAUGUGUGGACUAGCUAUUUUAACCUCCCCACCCCCGACAUGGUUUGGCCACCUGCCGGAGCGGGUGAGAUCACCGAGGACUCUUAUUUCCCUUACGACCCGCUCAGCGAAGAGUUUAUCCGAUCUUUUUUCCCUUCUUCGGAUGAGGAGAAUCGCGGACCACGCUAG